CCUUCAAGUUACCCAACAUUGCAUGUUGCAUGAAUGCAAAUAUGCAAGCCGUGUAAUUCGCGAAUAAUCAGAUUUUGUGAAAUUUCCAUUCCAGAGUUUGAAAUCAAAUUCCAAAGUCGUGCUCCAUUGUGUGUUAAGUUUUAAUAAUCAUCCAUUCAGAUCAAUGGGUGAAAGGAGAAUAUGGUAUAAUGUAUGGAAAAGCUUCAUUGAUUCCUUGAUGCCAAGGAGAUUUACUGGAGACCACGUAGGGACAGAUUCGUUUGGUAACAAGUAUUAUGAAAUUCCAAAAACAUCCACAAAUCGUCAAAGACCUCAACGUUACUUUGUCACCGCGAAGAAAGAGGACUUUGAAGCUCCAAUGCCUGCCGAGUGGGAGUCAUGGCUGAGGAACCGUCGAAAAUUUCCACCGACCCCUGAAGAAAUUGCAGAGAACGUAAGAAUUAUGGAACAGAAGAAAAAAGGUGCUGCUGAGAUCGCAGAGAAAUUCAAACUCUCAGCACCAAAUCCUGAGAAAGAUCCGCUUUCUUUCCCUACUUAUGGCGAUCAGUAUGACAUUAACCCUGGUAGUUUCGAAAGAGGAGACAAGAAGAACAAAAGUUGACCGAGUUUGAUAUGAAAGUCAAUCGGAGCCCCAACAGAUGUAUUUUAAUUCUCUUAGAGAGGGACGCUGUAAAAAAGGCUGUGGUGAUUCUUGACAGAACGGGGUAAUUUUUUCUGAUGUGUUCGGUCACUACCUUGGUGCUACUUAAACAUCCGUUGUAAAUUUUGUAGCCAAUUUGGAUUUCUAAAUACCGGUCUGUACCUAGCAAAGAAUGACAAAACUCUUUCAGAUUUUGAAUUUUUUUUCCAGAGUAUUUUUUGGCAAACCGAUGCAAAUUUAAUCUUUGAAUGUACAAAACAAAUGUUUGUCUUGACUAAAGAAAAAGAAGUAGUUAGUCAGAAAUAAUUAGUGGUAAAAUUUUAAUGGAUCAGGUUUUUUCAACCAGAAAAAGGAGAAAGCUGUGUUUUUAAGCCCUUCUAUCUUGGUUCGAAGUCAAUGUGACUUGGUGCACAUCAGUUAAAUUCAGUCCUUAUGAAAGAUAUGUUGGAGGGAGAAAUCUAUUGAAUGUAGAUCUUCUUGUUUCAAGCACAGGAUUUCUACCUUUCAACUUUCAGAAUGUGGCUGUGGGCUGAAAUGGCAGGACUUGAGACCUAAACAUACAUCUUAAUCUAGAGCUUUCCCAAUAAUAAAAUGUAGAAUUCUUUUAAGGCUUAAGACAGUUUCCCUCUGAGUCAAUAUUUUCAAACCCAUGAUUCUAUGUUUUAAAUGUUCACAGUCUCCGUGUCGAAAGAUUCUAGUCUGAUUGUACAGUUAAAUAAAGUAACCAACCUUGCUUUUUAGUUA